AUGCAUGGUGGAUUACCGGAGGUAGAAGAGACAGGAAUUACAAAUCGAGGUGAUUUCAUUAUACCACAACAACAAUUCACUCAUAAUUUGGACAAAUCAGCAAAUGAUGUUCAAUUAAAUAAUCGUCAGAAAUUGAAAAAUAACUUUAAUAAAUCUAACACUAUAUUUGACAACAAAAACAAAAAUCCUUAUAAAAAAAAUGUAUGCCAAUAUUCGACCAAGAACGAUUUUAUAAGUAAACCUAGUUAUUUGAACACAAAAAAUAAUUAUUCAUUGCACGAUCCUUCAGACAUAAAUAAUAUUCGUGGAUUAAGAAAUCGACUGUUCACGACGUUCAAUGAAUUUUCAACUAUAAUAGAACAUACUAUUGCACCCCCGGUUUUAAAGAAUCCCCAAAAAAAGAAAACAAAUUACAAUGAAUAUAAUCAAAAGAAUUUAAAUUAUAUACAAGAAAUAAAUAAUAUAAUUUCGGAAAUAAAACUAGAUUUUAAAAACCAAGAUUUGCUUCAAAGGAAAGAUAAACAUAAUAUUAAGUUGAAACGAUUGUUUCAAUUAAAGUUGAUUAGCUGCCACAAAAUGGCAAUAGAAGCUAUAAAGUUUUGUUCAAAAACAUUGGAAGCUGGUAUUUAUAAUCCAAUUCAAGAUAAAAUGAAGGAUUUAAUUAAAAAAACUUCUUAUUUAUCAUUCGUUACUGGUAAAUAUAUUUUUAGUGACUUAUACAAAAAGAAAAAAAAGGAAAGUAAUGACUUAGUAACUAAUUGUAAAAAGUUAUUAACAUUACUUGAAACUAAUGGAUACAAAGAUACAAACAACGAUGAUUCAUAUUGUACAAAUAAUAACAAGCUUAAGGAACUUGCUAGUAGGGCAUUAUCUAAACAUAAAAGUCAAGUAAGUAAACGAAAUAAUGAUAGUCUAUAUAUGUAUAAAUCGACUAAAAAAAAAAUAGGUUCGAGUUAUGCUCAAAAAUGGUCGAAAAAAUCUUUGAUCAUAAAUAAUAAUUCAAAAAUCCCUGAAUUAAUGAAGUAUCCUGAUAAUGUAAACAAUAGAAAAUUGACAUCACUUAUAAAUAAUCAUAAUAACGUUGGAACUAUUUUUCUAAAAGCAAAUGUCUGGAUAAAUUUCAAACUUCAUAAUAAGAAAAUAUCUAAAGAUGGUCGACUUAUACUAAAUAUAAGUAAAAAAGAUUACAUUGAAAUUAUAACUUAUAGAAAACAACAAAAAGAUGGACCAAAUAUUGAAAAUUGUAUUGAAAAAAUAGACACAAUAACUAGUAUUAUAGACAUUACAAUAGAUAAUAUU